CAAUCAAAGUAAGUUUCUCAGCCAAAUAUUCAAUGAUUUAAGAUCACAAGCUAAUGUCGUACAAUUGUUUCCUUUCAGUUCUGAACGUAAAGCAAUGGGUAUUUUGAUUAAAAAAGAAGACAAAUGGAGAUUUCACAUUAAAGGUGCUAGUGAGGUAUUGUUAAGUAAAUCAGAAUCGGUAGUAAAUAUUGCCACUGGUGAUGUGAUUGAUUUAAAUAAUAUAAAUAUAAACAAUAAUAAUGGUAGUGGUGACAUUAGUAGCGGCAGCAGUUAUAAUAUGAGACAACUUGAACAACUUAUCGAGUCUUUUGCCAAUGAUAGUCUUAGAACAAUCACUGUUGCUUAUAGGGAUUUUGAACAAUGGCCUCCAAAGGAUGUUACUGCUUUAAACGACGAUGAUGAAGUAAAAUAUGAAUAUUUGGCUGAGAAACUUACUUUGAUUGCUAUAUUCGGUAUUGAAGAUCCGUUAAGAGAUGGUGUAAAAGAAGCCGUAGAAGAUUGUAAAAGAGCUGGCGUUUAUGUACGUAUGGUAACGGGUGAUAAUAUAUCGACAGCUAGAUCCAUUGCAAUUCAAUGCGGACCUGAUUUUCGCAAACUUUCAUCAGAUAAAAUGCAAAGAAUUAUACCGAAAUUACAAGUUCUUGCUAGAUCGAGUCCAGAAGAUAAAAGAAUUUUGGUGGGUAAACUUAAAGAAUUAGGUGAAAUAGUGGCAGUUACUGGUGACGGGACUAAUGACGGUCCAGCACUUAAAACAGCAGAUGUUGGAUUUUCAAUGGGUAUUGCUGGUACUGAGGUGGCAAAAGAAGCUUCUUCAAUCAUCUUAAUGGAUGACAACUUUUCAAGUCUUGUCAAAGCUAUAAUGUGGGGAAGAUGUGUAAAUGAUUCGGUUAAAAAAUUCCUACAAUUUCAAUUGACAGUCAAUGUCACCGCUGUAUUGUUGACAUUUAUAUCGGCUGUAUCAAGUAACGAAGAAAAAGCUGUUCUUAGCGCUGUCCAGCUAUUAUGGGUAAAUCUUAUUAUGGAUACGUUGGCUGCAUUAGCAUUGGCAACUGAUCCACCAACAAAAGAAUUAUUGAACAGGAAUCCUGAACCAAGAAAUUCACCUUUAAUAAAUUUUAGACAAAUUAUCAUAGUUACGUUUGGUGGUGCUGCGUUUCAAACAGCACCACUAAAUAUUAUACAAUGGUUGAUUUGUAUUGGAUUGGGAUUUUUAUCAAUACCAAUAGGUUUUAUAAUAAGAUUGAUUCCAGAUGAAUUUUUAAAGAAAAAUAUAAUUAAGCCUCUAACACCAAAACUAUUAAUCAAAAUGAUUCUUAGUAGAAGUACUAGUGCUAGUAAAGGAACAACAUCUUCUUCCACUACAAGAAAAUCAUCAUCAAUGAAACCAUUAACAAACUCAGAUUAUUCAAGUAAUACUGUUGCUGGUGGUGAUAAUGAAGAUACAUUUGAAGACCAAGAAGAAGUUAUUAAUGCAUUUAAGAAAGUUGAAAGCCAAUUGAAAGUUUUUAAAACAUUGAGGGGUGGGAGAUUUAAAGCACAUUUUGGUGGUAAUGGUGUUGAUAAUAAGCAAGAAAAAAGGUCGGAGGGCUUUCAUGCUGCUGCAAUGUUACCCAGUUUAAUGAGUGUUUCAAUUGUUGGUGUUGGUAAAGCAUCUACAUCAUCAAACAAUAAUAGCCUAGGGAGAAAAUUUAGAAGAAAUAAAAAUGGCAAAUAA